UGGCCAUGCAAGGCGCAGCCCCAGCGGGGACAGACGAGCUCCGGGCAAGCGAAGCGGCUCGGCCGGGGCUGCCUUCGAGCCGAGCGUGACGGCCGGGGAAACCAGCUGCGGGGACGGGCGGGCGCCUGUCGGAGCUGCCGAGGUCCCCGGGGCGCUCCGAACGCCGAAGGCUGCGGUGCGAGCAGGCGAGGAUGGGCUGAGGAUGGGCUGGCAGCCUCUGCCGUCGAGGAUGCUCUGGACCGGCGCCCUGCUCCUGCUGGCGGCGCUGGGGGGCGCGGGCGGGGCGCGCAGUUGCCCCCUCCAGCUGCGGGGCUGCAAGUGCGUGGGCGAGAGGCCGAAGGGCUUGGCCCCGGCCAGGAAGCGGGUCAGCUGCAGCGGCGAGGAGCUGAGGGAGCCGCCGGCGCCUCGCUUGCUGCCCAACGAUACCGUCACCCUGAUUUUGAGCAAUAACAAAAUAACAACCCUGAAGAACGGCACUUUUUUGGGACUCCAUGCUCUUGAAAAGUUAGACCUAAAGAACAAUUUGAUUAGCAUCAUUCAGCCUGGAGCUUUUCUGGGUCUUCAGGACCUGAAACGCUUGGAUCUCUCCAACAACCGCAUUGGCUGCUUCAACAUUGGCCUCUUGCAGGGACUGUCCAGCCUUAUCCGUCUGAACAUAUCAGGAAAUAUCUUCGCCAGCCUCCAGAGUGGAGUCUUUGAUGAGUUGCUGUCUCUGAAAGUUCUUGACUUUGCCACUGAAUACCUGACCUGUGACUGCCAUUUACGCUGGGUCCUAGCCUGGUCCAAAAGCCAUUCUGUCCAGGUAUCUGACAAGACGGUGUGUGUCUACCCCAGCAACUUGUAUGGGAAGCUACUACGAAACAUCAGAGAGAGCCAACUGCGCUGUGGUGAGUUUUAUUGGAAUCCUCAGCAAGAACAUGAAUAUUUAGGCUUCUUUGAUUUGCAUGUAAAAAUUGAGUCAACGUUUCCAAAAACUCGAAGGAAAAGGCAAGUACUUCAGAAGGCAUUGAGAGAUGCAGUGAGCAUGUCCUCUUCCAAAGUUCCUGCUUCAGUUCCCAGCAACUAUAGAUCGCUCAUUCUGUGUGUAAAGAAUGUGAUCGAGCUCAUCUUGUCCAACAUCCAUGUCUCAGCUAAUGGUGAAUGGGAAUGCACCAUCUUCACUGCCCAGGGCAACGUUAGCAAAAAGGUUGAGAUUGUUGUGCUGGAGACCUCAGCUUCGUACUGCCCACCUGAACGGGUUACCAACAACCGUGGAGACUUCAGGUGAUGCCUAUCAAUGCCUCAAAUGCACUAACCUUAGCCCAUCAGUUGCGGGUCUACACAGCUGAAGCUGCCAAUUUCUCAGAUAUGAUGGAUGUCAUCUAUGUGUCUCAGAUGAUUGAAAAAUUCACUGGUUACGUAGACCAGAUCAAACAGCUGGCCGACGUCAUUGUGGAGAUGGCAAGUAACAUGAUGCUGGUGGAUGACCAUGUUCUGUGGAUGGCCCAGAUUGAAGACAAAGCUUGUACCAGCAUAGUGCAUUCCUUGGAGAAGAUUGCGACUUAUGCUGUCAGCACCAACUCUCAGCAUAUGGCUGUGAAUUCCAGGAACAUCGCCUUUGAAGCCUACCUUAUCAUGCCAGAAAGUUAUCUGGGCAUGAGCUGCAUGGCUUUUCAGAAGCGUGAGAACCUUGGUAACCGUUCUCCACGACAGGAACGGUAUUCUGAAUCCUUGGCAGACCAGCAGCUGAAGUUCCGUUGCUCUACGGGCCGGCCAAACAUCUCCUUGGCCAGUUUCCACAUCAAGAACAGCAUUGCUCUGGCCUCCAUUCAGCUGCCUCUGGGCCUCUUCUCCCCACCAGUUCCCCACCAGCCCAUGCCCAUCACGUGUAAGCUUCAGUUCCUGGUGUUCCGCAAUGGGAAACUCUUCUGCAGCACUGGAAAUUCUUCGCACCUCGCUGAUGAUGGCAAGCGACGCAGCGUGGCCACUCCAGUGGUCUAUGCAAGCACACAUGGCUGUGGCGUAAGUAAUCUCACCGAGCCAGUCAUCAUAUCGUUGCGGCAUUUGGACCAGGGCACCGAUCGCACAGCCGCUUUCUGGGACUUUGACAUCCUGGGUGGUUAUGGCGGCUGGAGAGCAGAAGGUUGUCAGCUGAUCCUUCAGAAACCUAACUUCACCACUGUGAGCUGCCGACAUCUCAGCAACACUGCUGUGCUGAUGGAGCUGAGCAACUUCCUGCAUGACUCACUGAGUCCCGCUGAGGUGCUACAUCCUGUAAUUUACAGUUGCACGGCUCUCCUCCUCCUGUGCCUGUUUACCACCAUCAUCAUCUACAUCAUCAAUCACAGCAACAUUCAUAUUGCACAGAAGUGCUGGCAUAUGCUGCUAAAUCUUUGUUUCCACAUCGCCAUGACAUCGGCUGUGUUUGCAGGUGGCAUCACUCUCACCAACUACAUAGCCAUCUGCCAAGCUGUUGGCAUCAUUCUCCAUUAUUCUUCCUUGUCUACUCUUCUGUGGAUGGCAGUGAUGGCACGAGUGAUCUACAAGGCAUCCACUUGGAAGGCACCCCAACAGCAGGAAGGGGAACCAACUCAGCCUGCUCCUCGUCCAAUGCUACGGUUCUACCUGAUUGCUGGAGGGAUCCCCUUGAUCAUCUGCGGGAUUACAGCAGCAGUUCGUAUUGACAAUUAUGGAGACCAGGACUCAUACUGCUGGCUGGCUUGCCGACCCAGCAUUGGAGCAUUCUAUGUGCCUGCAGCUUUCAUUCUACUCAUCACCUGGAUUUACUUCCUAUGUGCUGGAAUCAGUCUGCAGUGCCGAGCUAAGGAUCCCAAAGAAAUACCCAAACCCUUGGAAACAAGGCAGCGCUUUGGAGGUAGUAGCAACCUAUUAACUGAUUCAGGAUCGCUUUCAGUCACCCUGAAUUCCAGCCCCCACACUGCUGAUGUUGAUGGUGUGUAUUCGCUAGGGGUGCAACUCUGGGCCCUUGUCAUCACCCAUUUCCUAUACCUCACUCUAUGGACAUUUGGAGCAAUGGCAGUAUCUCAGCGUUGGUUCCUCCUGAAAGUUGUCUUCAGUUGCCUCUAUGGAGUCACUGCUGGAGCUUUAGGAUUUUUCAUCUUUAUCUACCACUGUGCCCGGCGCAGAGAUGUACAGAGUUUAUGGUUUACCUGUUGUCCAUCUUACAGGAAUGCUUUACCUAUGCAGGCUUAUGGGCACAAUGGAGCAGGUGUUGAAGAUGGCUCACAGGUCUUCAUUGGCUGCAAUCCAGAAGUAGCUCAGUCCAUUAAGUCUUCAUCUUCCCCUAUCAGCACAAUUUCAACCCCAGGGCCCUGCAAACUCAACAAUUUGCAAGUGGCCCUUGCCCAGCCAGAGAGUAACCCUGUAACAACUGCCUGCUAUGAGGAAGCAGAGCCUUCUAACAGUAAGACUACCCCCUCAAACAGGUAUACGAACAAUCUCCAUGGGCGCACCAGGCAUCAUAAAAGCAGAACUAAACUCUAUCGCGAAGGGAAGCAUCAGCGCCUGAAGGCAAUGCGGGGACCUUCCUCAGAGCAUCCUACUAGUGAGAGUGGGAGCCUUCAGAACAGUCAUUCAGAGAGUUACCAAAGCAGCCGGAAUAGCCCUUUGAACAAUCAGAACCAAGGGAAAGUUGUGACUCUGGAAUCCACCCUGACGCAGUCGGACUUGAGUGAUGGCAGUGGUGGCCCCCAGUCUGCAGAUUUUGGCCGAGGCCAGAGGAGAAGCACCAGCAGAGACAACCUUAAGCAUCAGGCCAACCCCUCUGUAGAAAGAGAGACUAAGAGGCGCUCCUUCCCGCUCAAUGCAGCAAACCAGAAUGGGGUCCUGAAGGGCAGCAAGUAUGACAUUAAUCUCAGUGGUGCUGACAAUGCAAGCAGCAUGAAAACAGGUCUCUGGAAGAGUGAGACAACAGUGUAGGAAAGGGUCAAAGACCUCUGCAGCUGGAAUCCUAGAGCAAUACCAACUCAGGUAGGAAGCUGCAGGUUACCCUUGUAGCUACAGCCUACCAGACUCAGUGAAGAGAACACUCUUAUGCACUACAUAGGCCUAGAUAAUAUGGGAUGGGUAGGCAAGAACUAUGCUCCCCACCGAUCCUCCUGAGCAGAUGGAGUAAGGAGACUGUUCCUGUCCUGUCCUGUGAAUCACAGCGCAUUUCACUUAUAUAUUAGGUGAUGUUGCUGUUCUUUGUGCCAGGGAACAUUUUCCUCCAGAGAACGGGCAGAAAGCCACAAUCAGCCAAGGUGCCAAAGUUGCAAAGCAAGAGACAAUCAUCUGUUCUUGUGAUUGUAUGGUCUCCCUUUUUCAUGUCCCUUUAUAUCCUUGAUAUUUCUGUACACCAUCCAGAGGAAGACAGUGAUCUAUAAGCUAAAACUUCUAAUACACUGUGUACAUAUGUAUAGGCAAAUUUGCUACACAUUGGAAAGUCUGUACGUGCUUUAUGCACAAUAACUCAUGUUGUGUGAGACAAGGGAAGUCAUCUUCCCAGUCAUUCAAAGCUAUGCAUACAUCUAGUUUUGAUUUUGAUAAAUCUAAUGAAUUUGUAGAGUUGUCAAGGAAAAAGCCACAAGACAGAAUGAGGUGCACUAUUAAUUGUCCAAAGGUGCAUACUUAGGUGACAAUCCUUAGUCUUCUUUAGUCUUUCUUAAGGGACUCGGGGAGAAUAUGAUUUUUUGGGCAUCAUUGCCCAAAGAUGCUUAACCGUAGAGAUAUGCAAAACAUCAAGAGCUCAGAACAAUUUUCAACUUUGGAGUAGCUUGUUCAGAUUUUACCAGAAUGCUGCUCUAUAAGAGUUUUCCAUUCAGAAGAGUCGUUUCAGGGUUGAAAUACCUCUAGAGCAGUGGUUCCCAAACUUGGCAACUUUAAGACU